GGCCCAGCUAACCAGCGCUCGCUGUCUCUGCAGGUGCUGUUGGCAGCAGCCGUCUGCACAAAGGCGGGGAAGGCCAUCGUCUCCCGGCAGUUCGUGGAGAUGACUCGGACCCGCAUCGAGGGGCUGCUGGCGGCUUUCCCGAAGCUGAUGAACACAGGGAAGCAGCACACCUUUGUGGAAACGGAGAGUGUGCGGUACGUCUAUCAGCCGAUGGAGAAGCUCUACAUGGUGCUGAUCACCACCAAGAACAGCAACAUCCUGGAGGACCUAGAAACACUCCGGCUCUUCUCAAGAGUGAUCCCUGAAUAUUGUCGAGCUCUGGAGGAGAAUGAGAUCUCGGAACACUGCUUUGACCUCAUUUUUGCCUUUGAUGAAAUUGUUGCCCUGGGCUACCGUGAGAAUGUAAAUCUGGCACAGAUUCGGACCUUCACCGAGAUGGACUCGCAUGAAGAAAAGGUGUUUCGAGCAGUCCGAGAGACUCAGGAACGUGAAGCGAAAGCUGAGAUGCGCCGUAAAGCGAAGGAAUUGCAGCAGGCCAGGAGGGACGCAGAGCGACAGGGCAAAAAGGCGCCCGGUUUCGGUGGCUUUGGUAGCUCGGCCGUGUCUGGGGGCACGACAGCGGCGAUGAUCACAGAGACCAUCAUUGAAACGGAGAAGCCCAAAGUGGCACCGGCACCUGCCAGGCCUUCAGGUCCUAGUAAAGCCUUGAAACUUGGCGCUAAGGGGAAGGAGGUGGACAACUUUGUGGACAAGCUGAAAUCAGAAGGAGAAAACAUCAUGACUUCCAUAGGGAAGCGCUCUACGGAAGCGGCCAAAGUUCUUGCUCCUCCCGUUAACAUGGAGAGCGUGCACAUGAAAAUAGAGGAGAAAAUUUCCCUGACCUGUGGCCGUGAUGGAGGGUUGCAGAACAUGGAGCUGCACGGCAUGAUCAUGCUGCACAUUUCUGAUGAAAAGUUUGCACGGAUUCGCCUGCACGUAGAAAAUGAAGACAAGAGGGGGUUGCAGCUACAGACUCACCCAAAUGUGGACAAGAAGCUCUUCACUGCAGAGUCGCAGAUCGGUUUGAAGAACCCAGAGAAGUCAUUCCCUAUUAACAAUGACGUGGGCGUGCUGAAGUGGAGGUUGCAGACCACGGAAGAGUCCUUCAUUCCACUGACGAUUAACUGCUGGCCGUCAGAAAGUGGGAACAGUUGUGACGUCAACAUCGAAUACGAGUUGCAAGAGGAGAGCCUAGAGCUGAAUGACGUGAUCAUCACCAUCCCCUUGCCGUCUGGUGUCGGUGCCCCUGUGAUCGGGGAGAUUGAUGGUGAGUAUCGCCAUGACAGCCGGAGAAAUCUCCUUGAGUGGUGCCUGCCAGUGAUCGAUGCCAAAAACAAGAGUGGCAGCCUGGAGUUCAGCAUAGCCGGGCAGCCCAACGACUUCUUCCCCGUGCAAGUCUCCUUCGUCUCGAAAAAGAAUUACUGCAACAUACAGGUUACCAAAGUGACCCAGGUAGACAGGAACAGCCCUGUAAGGUUUUCCACUGAAACCACCUUCCUGGUGGACAAGUACGAAAUCCUGUAAUGCCAGCCAUGGGGAAUCGCAAAGGAAGAGAUUUUUAAAUUUAAAA